GGGAAAAAAGUAUAUAAUAAUGUUUUUCAUACAGAUAAAUGACGUCAUCGUGCGACAAAAUAAUAGUUGCGAAACACCUAUCUUGUUACGUGGUCCAUUAGGAUAAGUCGAGGGUAGUUCUAUUGUUAUAUAUUGUUAAAUAUAAUACUGUUCUAUUUAUAGUGGAGGGAUAGUUCAUGAGACCUCAGUACAUUCAUUUCAUUCGAACGAUGCAUGUUGUCUUGGGCAGUAUUUCGAUUUGGACUUUAUACGCGUUGGUGUCAUGCGUGUCGGUCUCAUGUCUGUCGAUGGCCAAGAAAGUGAGAUGGGAAUUGGUAUACGACCCUAUGCCGAACGACGAAUCAUUCGAUCGGUUCGCCGCCGUCGACCACCACGCGACUGUCAACCUGAUACAGCAGCGUGACGAGCAACAGCAACAGCGGGACGAGCAGCAGAAGUGGCGACACCGGGAAGAGCAGCGGCAGUGGCGGCACCGGAACGAGCAGCAGCAACGGCACCACCACCACCAGCAGCAGCAACAGAAGCGGGACGAAUGGCAGCAGCACAAGUACGCCGAUACCCUGUCAGUUGCCGCAUCCGAGGCUUGCAACUGCACAGAAGUCCCAUUAGUCCACAGCCUGACCGAAAACCAUUACCCAAAGGAACUCAUGUCGGUCACAUGCAGCGGCAACUUGUGCAAGACGGCCUGGUACAGCGUGCCGGUGUUGUUGAAAUCGAACACGCAACAGGUCGAAAACCAAGACGACUUGCCAGACGAGCUGCAGCAGAACGUCAAUCACUGGAAGUUCGACUCCGUAAAUAUCACGGUUGCCUGCUAUUGUUCUAUUAAAUAAACGCUAUUUUUAUCU